UUCCAUGAGAAUCCACAGUUUCUUUUUUCCUUCAUUCUUCUACGGUGACACUCACAUGCACAUUGGUGUUGUAGUACUUUUUAUCCAGACAGGAUGAUUGAACCGUUUCAGACUACCUUUGCGGUCCCGAUGACCUGCGAGGGCUGCGUCAAGGAUGUUUCCGCAUCGCUGAAGAAGUUGGAGGGCAUCAACAAGGUCGAGGCAAACCUUAAGGACCAGCUAGUCUUCAUCGAGGGGACGGCACCACCCAGCUCGAUUGUCUCCGCUAUCCAAGCUACGGGACGGGAUGCCAUUCUACGAGGCAGUGGCACCUCCAACAGUUCCGCGGUGUGUAUCUUGGAAACCCACUCGAAUAGCGUCUCCAACAAGAUUCGUGGUCUGGCACGCAUGGUCCAGGUCUCCUCCAACAUGACCCUGGUCGACCUGACGAUCAACGGCCUUACUCCCGGCAAGUAUUAUGCCACGGUACGCGACACAGGGGAUAUCUCGCAGGGGGCUGGAUCCACCGGCGGCAUUUGGGAGGCCGUCAAGGCUAAAGUGCUGGGUUCGGAGCCAGUCAAGGAACCCCGCGGCAUUUUUGGCUCGGUUGAGGUGAACGACAAGGGCCGGGGCAAUGUAUUUUUGGAUCGCCCGGUAGCGGUGUGGGAGAUGAUUGGGCGCAGUAUGGUAGUGUCGAAGAGCCAGGAGGGGCCCUUUCGACAGGAAGACCCUGACACUUUAGUGGGAGUGAUCGCUCGAAGCGCGGGGGUGUGGGAUAACGACAAGAUGGUGUGUUCCUGCUCCGGUAAGAAUGUGUGGCAGGAGCGGCAGGAGCAGGUGGCCCAGGGAAUGGCCUAAAGAGGAAGAAGAGAGGGAAUUGAGGAUGUGGUUGGAGGAAGCUAGACUGGCGGGUGUGU